AUGUCCGCCCAAACGAUGCUGCCAGCGCCCGUGCGAGCUGCCCUGGCAGCGCUGGGCGGGGCCAGCACCACAGUUCGCAGCAGCAAAGCUGUGUGGGAGGGCAGGAAGCCGCGCAAGUUCUCCAUCCCUGUCAGCCUCAAAACAGUGGAGCGCGACUGGGCACAGCUUGGCUUCCACUGCGGCUGCAUGAUCGAUCCGCCCGGCCACGAGUGGAACAAUUUCACGCACGACGCAAACGAGCUUGUGGCGGUGGUGGAGGGGCGCAUGCUCUUCACGCUCCUGGACGACAGCUUCGAGCUGGAUCCUGGAGACGACAUAUUCAUCCCGGCGGGCGUGCCCCACAGCACCAAGAACAUCGCCGCCACUGCCAGCACUUGGGCCUACGGCUAUGACGGCGCGGCCAACUCCUGGUUCUAG